AUGGUUACCUGCCUAGCUUCUAGGCAUACACGGCCUAAUGUGUGGGUAUAUGACUCGGCCGCAGACACCUAUAUCUGCAAUGAUCCAAAGAGGGCCAAGAAAGGGGGUGUUUACCAUAAUCAGAGGCUUAAUAGGCUUAAAACAGAAGAUGGGACGCCUAUUUGCAAGACUUCGGAUGACACAGGCAUCACCCUUAUUCUAGGGUAUCAGAAUAAGUCUAUAUAUGAGGAUCAGACCUCCCCCCGACUCCCCUUCGCUUCCACCUCAGACAGCCUUCAACACCACUAUGAAGCCUAUAUAGCCUAUACAGGAGGAAUCUGA